AUUAUUUGCGUUUCCGGUUCCGCUUCGGUCUAGAGACGUUUUUCUACUAACUUUGAAGUAUUUAAGGAAUAUGGGUUCUAAGAAGCGCAAGGACAAAGAUAAGGAACGGGAAAGAGAUCAGGAAAGAGAUAGAGAUUCUAAAAGAGAUCGUAAAAGAAAGCGGGGAGACCACGAUAGUUAUGAUGACGACAAUUUGAAAAGGGAGCGUAGAGAACCUAGUGCAGAAGACAGGCGAGGAGACAAACGAGACAGAGAAAGGGAAGGUAGCAAACGGGAUCCUGAUUUAGAGAGAAAACGUAACAAAGACCAUGAAAAAGACGAAGAAAAACGAUCAAAACGGGCGUCUAACAGUGAUGAUGAUAUAGCACCUUCAUCAGCUGGAGGAGAUAUUUCACUAAGCGUAGACGAAACUAAAGGAAAAAGAUUCGUUAAAGGAUGA